AUGAAAGUCGCUACUCCCGAAGAAAUCAAAGAAUACAACCACACCUGUCUGAUUGGCGGUAUCAAGGGCGCUGGUGUUGGUGCCCUGCUGGGUAUCGGUCUGGCAUUCACUCUCAAGAAGCGACAGCCUCAUCUGUUUGGAAACAUGAGUGCAACAGUAAAGGUCGGAACCGGCAUUGUCCCCGGUCUGGCUGGUUUCUCAAUUGGUGCUGAGAAGGCUGGAGAGGCAUAUGACGACAAGAAGUACUCUGGUGCAUAUCUCGACAUGGAGCACCGAAAAGAGCAGCAAGCCGGAUUCAUGCACUACCUCAAGGAACACAAGUACAAGUGUGUCUUUGGUGGUUGGGUUGUUUCCAUGGCUGGUUCCAUGUGGUAUGUUUUCCGAGACAAGUACAUGACUAGUACCCAGAAGAUUGUCCAGGCUCGAAUGUACGCCCAGGCCUCCACAAUCAUUCUUCUGUUUGCCACUCUUGCUUUCUCUGCCAGUGAUAACCUUGGCGGCGGUAACAACUCUCGAGACUUCCUUGGAAAGGAUGGAAAGGUUCACCACCACCACGUCCAGCUUGAGCACAGCGAUGACUGGAAGGAGCUUGUGAAGGAGGAGGAGGACCGACUGAAGGAAGCAAAGGCUGAGGCUAAGCAGCACUCUCAGGAGCUCAAGGCCGAGGUCAAGAGCACUGCUGACGAGAUCAAGGAGAAGACAAAGGGCAAAUUCGAUGAGGCCAAGAAGAGUGCUGCUGAUGCCGCUGAGGACGCUGCCGACAAGGCUGAGGAUGUUGCUGACGAUGCCAAGGAGAAGGCUGAGGAGUACAAGGAGGACGUUAAGAAGGCCGUCAAAUAG